AUGUACUUCACAGGUCUCAGUGUCCUUGCUGUGGCGCUCGCCUUGCCCAAUUUUGCUCUCUCCAAACCACACUGCGAAAGUAGUGCAGUGGAACCUUGGAGGUACGAGGCAGGAAGAAGUGCAGCCGCACAUGGCAUUGACAAAUGGUGUAACAACAUUGCCCCCUCCAGGUUCAAUGCCGAGCAGGAGGUGAAAAUCUGUCUUGAGGUUGAUGCUGGGUCGAGAAAUCUCAACUUGUGGUUCAAGAACACCAAUCAUCACAAAGCCGACUUGUCAAUCGACUAUUGCAAGAGCUUGCUCAAGGCGAUUGUGGAUUCGUGUACCGGGGUUGGUUAUGAUAACACCAACAGCGGCUGGUAUGGAAGGGCGUACUCUGCAAAUACCUGCAUCGUAUAGAAUCUCAAGAGUACGGAGAGAAUGAACGAUGGUGACCAAGAGAGCUCAAAGUUUAUUUUCACCAAGAACAGUGUCCAGAGUUCUUAUCGACAGGAUUUGAUGGGUAUUAUGAUUGUG